UUAUUUCAAAAAUGUUUUUAUUUUCUAAUUUUUUAAAAUUUAUAUUAAAUUUAUUUCAAUUUUCCUUUUUAUUUUACUCUGUAAUUACAAUUAAAGAAGAAAAUGAAAAUUUAAUUAAUAAAGGUGAUUUAUCACAAUUUGAUUCUUCAGGUUGUGGUCUAACAAAAGGUUGUUUAUUUAAACCACCAAAUUGUAAUCCAUAUAACGACUGUUCUUAUGUUCUAAGUUAUAUAUCUGAUGAUGAACGUGUUUAUUUUGAAUUAUUAGCUCAGGUUGCUGGGGAAUCUAAUGUUUGGGCGGCUGUUGGAUUUUCUGUGGAUGGACUUAUGGUUAAAAUAAUUUGUAAAAGUAAUCGAAAAGCGCCAUUAGCUUAUGGACUUGAAUCUAAAAUUCUCCACACCCAUCAUGCUAAAGUAGCCGAUGGUAUUAUUUAUUGUCGUUUCUCCCAAUUAAUUCAGCCGCCUGAAUCUGUUCAGCCACAAUUUGUACGUCCAUUAAAUGCCCCAAUAUUUAUAUUAUUAGCAUCCGGAGUUACUAGAGGAAAAGAUUUAACAAUUCAUUCAUUAAAUUCUGAUUCUUCUCUUUUUCCCUUUUCUUCUCCCCACCCAAUACAAUUAACAAAAUUUAAUUUGAGCCCUGAAGAAUUAGCUAAUGGAGAUUGGGAAAUAAAUAAUAAUAAUAAUAAUUUUAUUAAUUCUUCAUUAAAUUUGUCAAAAGAACUUUCAAUUCCUUUUAAUGAAAAUAAUUCAUCUUCGCCUGUUAUUGAACAGACAACAAUAAAUAAUUGUAUUUAUUCUUAA